UUUUCCUGCCUCAGUUUCGGGCUAAGAACAAAAUGGUUAACAUCCACCAGCUCGCCUGCGCAAUCACUACGUUAUCAAGAUACAAAGUAUGAGACAUUUUCAGGCCAAGUAAAAAAUUUCGCCUCACUUUAAUCUUGAAGAGCUUCCAGAGUUUCACAUCAUCCAGCAAUCCUGAAGGCGAUGCACCACAUGUAAUUAUAAUUAAUAUUCCCGCUCUUAGUUUACCAGGAAGGUGUUCAAGAAAUUGUAGGUAGUGUUAGUUGCUUAGAAGAGCGAUGUGUUUUGCAUUCAGUCUUGCACCUUGGCGUUCCAUUCACUUUGGAAUGAGGUGCUUCAUUCUUGUGCGUGCUUGGUUGUUUCCUUAGCCCGUAAAGGUGUUGGAGGUUUGUUUGUUUUUUGGGGAAACCAUGUGAUGUUAGUAUCUGGCAUGUUUUUUUUUAUUGCUGAAAGCUGUUUGAAGUGAGCCUUUUGUCCACCUAAGAGCACAAUGAUUGGGAGCUUCACUCAAGUGUGUUUUGUGGCCACACCAUAGAGCAUGAUUGAAAGCAUCGAUGCAUGCUAUUGAUACCAAGAUCGGGACUUCAGAAAGGAUCAGUCAAGUCUUCCUAUUUUUAUUUCCAUUGAUUCAUUGGCAUUCUAGAUCUCUUUUUGUAAGCGUGUUCACGUAAGCUUGUUCAACUUUCUGGGUCAUAGUAUCGGGUUCUUCUGUAAUUAUCAUAUGCGUUAUGCAUUUGUCAUUAGUCUCAUCUGCAGUUGUCAUAGGUUCAUGGCCGACAUAUUUGGUGCUGCUUUGAUUUGGAGGGUAGAUAUUGUCCCCCAUAUGUCUAGCAAACUUCAUAUAUCCCACCUUCAAAAUUUUCUCAUAGACCUGAUUACUAGGCAAUAAGCUCCUUUUCAAUAUGUGCAUUUACUUAAAUUGAAAUGCCAAAAGCCUUUUAAUAAUCAGCCACAUGCAGAAUAAGAACAGUGUUUGUACCACGUAGUGUGGAAGAAAAGGGGGGGGGGGGGUGUAGGCCAAAGCAAACGCAAGCAGUGUGAAUACAACUCUAGGACUUAUAAGCGGGGUAAGUGAGGAAUUUGAACUGUCUACCAAGACCAUGUAGCUCACACAUUUAGCAGAGGAUAAUUGGGUUUGAUUUAACAAGCUAUUGGGGUGGUUGUGAAGCUCCUAUACAGCCCCACAUGGAGUCACCCUGCAUGCACUGAUCUAGACUGCUCGUUUCACAUAGAUUUGUGUGACCUAUUGAUCUAACUGCUUCUUUUAUUUGCAAUUUUUUGUGUUAUUCGGGAUAAUUGGGAACCCAGCAAAAGGUUGGCAUGUCAUGGAGUAAACAUGCCAUCGUACAGUGUGCUUCACUCUAAAAUGUAAUGCAUGAGCAGUGGCCAAAGCUGAUAACACUUGUCUAAUGAGGAAAUAAAUGAUACUGCAAAAACUGAAGCAUAUCUUCCUGGGACCGUUGCCACUGCCCUAUACAAUUAUUGCAUGACCUCCUUGUUUCUUUUUUUAUUGCCCUCAGUUAAUUUGACAAGGGCUGGAUUGCUGUUAUCCUUAAUAGGUCGGCGUGUCACGUUUAUCUUGAGGUCAAAUUAACGGUAAAUUUGUUUUGAUAAGUUAAAUAAGGGAAACAACAAAAUGUUCAGAGCAAUGUCUUUUUUUUUGCAUCACCGAAACAUUUAUUGGUCACCGCAUUGAAACUAGGAGUGUAACGCACAAAGAGAACUGCAGUGUGACCCUCCAGUCUGUGCCGUCAGACGAUGCACACAUUCUGCAACGAUCCAGUGUUACAUUCCUGUGGCUUUUUGGUUGUUUCCCAAUUAUUGAAGGGAGUUGCAGGCUUAUCAUGGGCGACACAGUGCUUUGCUCGCACCUUCACGGAGUACGGCAAUGUUUGGAAGCAAGUCGAGGACAGCCUCUCUCGAUUUCUGUCCCGGGGGCACUAUGCUCUUUCAGCUCACACCUUACAGACAUGUCAGGAAGCAAGGAAAGGUCAUUUUUUCACUCAUCGUUUACAUUUGUCUUAGUCUUUUGAAAAAAAAAAACACUAGUCAUUUUAAUGACACUGUGAUAAAUAAAUUUUUGGUCUUUAA